UGGAGCAGCAGCAGCAGCAGCCUCAAGUGGCCGAACAACAAGAUGCUGAACAUCAGUGAGCUUCCUCUGCAUGACUUGCCCUCCCGGGCUUCAGGCCGUCUCCUGCAGCCCUUCUGGGACUACUUGCUUUUUCACCACAUGCCUCUCAUCUCUUCUCCUUUUUUCAUCGUCAUCUUAGCCUUUUCCAGCUACCUAUUCUUCAGUCUACCUUUUGCGGUUCUAGACCUCUUGGGAGACAGAGUGCCUUUACUUUACCAGUACAAGAUCCAGCCAGAGAGACAGCCAACCACAAGAAUGAUGGCUAAGAGCUUCCUAACAGCUCUGUAUAACCACCUCUUCUUUGUGUUACCAGCUGUGUCAAUUGGCAUGUUCAUACUGCCCAUACCAGCACUGCCACAAGACGCUCCCACACUGUAUGAGCUUUUUGUAGACGGACUGGCUGCACUUCUCCUCUUUGACACUCAAUACUACAUUUGGCACUACAUCCACCAUAAGCAACCACAGCUUUAUCGGUGGAUUCAUGCAGUGCACCACGAAUACAUGGCGCCGUUCUCCUGGUCCACAGAGCAGCUCAGCAUCCCAGAACUGAUGGCAGUGGGGUUCUGGAGCAACCUGGACCCCAUCCUUUUAAAGUGUCAUCCUCUGACCACAUGGUGCUUGACCAUCUUCAGCAUCUGGAUGUCGGUGGAGGACCACAUCGGCUAUGACCUGCCAUGGACCUUGAACCAUGUGGUGCCUUUUGGUUUGCUGGGUGGUGCGCCAGCUCACGACAUGCAUCACCAGAAGCCCAGCAGUAACUUUGCACCCUUUUUCAGCCACUGGGACAGAAUCUUUGGCACAGCCGUCACUUUGAAGAAAAAAAAAACUGUAAGAAAAUAACUAAAUAGUCUGAAUGACCCAAAAAGUAAAUAUGUAAAUAGUAUUUUUGCAGUUAUUUAUAGUUGUCUUUGUGCUUUUAUGUUUACAAAACACAAUGAACUGAAGUACGAUUGGUGGAGUGGUUAUAACUUGCUGCUUUAUGUAUUUUCUAUUCUUCUGUGCAAGUACAUUACCUUGUAAAAUAAAAAAAUUGUCCUUUUGUAUGACGCCCUAGUUCUACAGAAUUAUUACAUUGUGUAGUGUUUGUGGGUGUGUUGCCAAAGUCCUGUAUUAAAAAAAAUCUGAUAUUCAUCUGAUUUAUAAGACAAUAUAAACAUUGACAACA